GGCCAUGAUGGCUCACCUCUCUGCAACCUGCAACCACAGCCAUUUUGCCAGGCUCUUUCAGAAACAGCUUAUCCAGAUGUGUAAAGGUCCUAUUGGAGGUGGUGGCAGCUGGGGAGACACCCCAGACCUGGAUGUCCUUAAUAUGUUGGGUUCUGAUAAUCUGAGCCGUCUGAAGAGGCUGCAGGAAAGAUUUGUCGUUCCCCAGAGCAUCAGAGGACCUUGUCCACCCCCUUCGUUCCCAGGGUGCCAGCAGUUCUUCAGAGACUUCAUCCUCAGCGCAGGAAGUUACCAGUUCAAUCAGCACCUGAUGGAUAGUCUGUGCCUGAAGAUACUCGAACUGGAUGGCCUCACUCUGGUGGAGCAUGAGCACAGUGAUGGGGAAGCAGAUAUGGAUGAACAGGAUGAGAAGAAGCGUUUCACUGUGGUCCUGUUAAGCCUACGACUCCUCGCCAAGUUCCUGGGAUUCCUUGUUUUCUUGCCAUAUCGCACUGUGGAGCAACCAACUAGGGACUUGCAAGACUCUGCAGUAGCGUUAAGAAACCAAACCCUGCCUGUACUGGAUGUAUUAAAGCUUCUGAGACAGUCCAUUCAGGAUCAACGUUCUAUCCUGACUGUUCCUUGGAUUGUGGAGUACCUUUCCCUUGUGGAUCAUAUUGCUCCUUUCCUUGAUUACUACAGGAAAGUAUUUUGUCUCUUGCUGCAUUUAUACAGGUUAAUGGUCCUUUCUGAAGAUAAGGAGAUGAGUUUCCUGAACAAGCUGCUGAUCCUUGCAGUUCUGGGUUGGCUUUUUCAGGUUCCAUCAGUCCCUGAAGAGUUGUUUUUUACCACUGAUGUCAGGCAGGAGGGAUUGAUGAUGGAUACUGUGACAUCUUCUCAGGCUUUGGAUUCUGUUCCCUUGGUGGAUCAGCAGUUACUUUACACUUGUUGUCCCUAUCUUGGCGAGCUGCGGAAACUACUUGCCUCUUUUGUGGCUGGUAGUGGAGCAAAAAAUGGUGGCUUUAUAAGGAAAAUUACUCCCACAGCUGCAGAGUCCUUGGCACCCAAGGCUUUUGUCACACAGCAGAAACUGCAGGUAGAGUUGGAACAGGCUUUCUUCCACAACCAGCCUCCCUCCCUACGGAGAACAGUUGAAUUUGUGGCAGAGAGGGUGGGAUCCAACUGUGUCAAGCACAUCAAGGCAACACUGGUAGCAGAGUUGGUUCAAAGGGCUGAAGUCAUGUUGCAGGAUAGAGUGAAGGAGGAGGAUGCUAAUCAUGACAAGCUGCUUGAAGAGGUGUGCGCUCAUCUAUAUGAGGAAGGGGCCCAGGCACUCGUCAAAGGCAAAGAAUUUUGCCAAAAGAAAGGUCCUGAGGCGGUAAGGGUGUUAUUGCCAGAAGAGACAUCUGCAGCAGUUUUAAGUAGUGCGGAAGACAUUGCAGUGGAACUGGCUACUGAGAAAGCCUGCGGUUGGCUUUCUGCCAACAUUGCAGCACUGAUCAAAAGAGAAGUGAAGGCAACCUUCAACAGAAUGCUGAAAGUCCCAGGACUUCCCUUGCCCGGCGAGGAUGCUCUGGAGUUGAGAAGGGACUGCCCUCCAGGCUGUCAGCACUGUGCUCCAUUUCCUUCCCAAAUCAUCAACGAGAUUAAGGAUGUGCUCUGUGUUGCUGUGGGCCCGCGGGAUGAUGGUGAAGUGAUUGACUACAUCUGGCUGGAGUGCCUGCUAGGAAGAUUGAGUCAGACACUUCGAUGCAGAAAGUUUAUAUGUCCCACAUCAGAACAGCAGCUGGCAAAGUGCACGGUUGAGCUGGCUUCUUUGCUGGUUUCAGAUCGUGUUCCUCUGAGUCUUGGGAUCAAGUCCCCAGAGAAGCGCUCGGAGGGGCUGUGUGUAAAGAAUAAUCUCACCUAUGGCCUUCUAAAACUGCUGCUUUCUGUCUGGAGGGAGGACUUUGGGACACCUGUUCCUGUGCAGCUCAUCUUCAGCAAGAAGAACAUAGGUUAUCUUGCAGAAGUUAAGCAGCGAGAGUGGGAUUUGUUCCUUUUUGUGCUUCGUGGUCUUGUAGAACAUGAACUAAUGAGAAAUAGUGAAAUAGAGAGUUGCUUGCAUAGCCUCAAAGAGCUCCCUUGGCCCUCAGAUUUCUUAAAAGAACUGGAAAUGCUGUCCAGAGUAUUUGUAUCAGAACAUCAUAUAGAAGAGCCCAGGACUAACCCUUGUGAGCUGACCAGACAAUCUCUAGCAACAGGCUGUGACCAAACCCAGGAAUCGAUUCAAGUGGACAAGUUAUGUCAUGCUCAGAAGGUGGUGGCUCUCCUGGUGGCUGCCUCUUCUCUUAACUUAAAGUGA